CGCUCUGUACACAAACUCACCUUGUGCGCGCUUAAUAUAAGCGCUCUCUAUGCACCAAGCGCACGGCGCAUGCGUACAACACGAGGCGUACAAAGAUCGAUCACUUCACAUUACACCAUAUGACAGGAAGGUUGUGUUUCUGUGUUCGUGUGUAUGUGCUGAAAAACCAACAGCUCGGUGUGUCAUUUCAGGAGACAGGACUCGUAGGUGGGGACCAUGUAUUUGAUGUUGAUGAAGGCAUCAUCUCCACCGUGCUGUUCAAAUGCCUCCAGAGUCUCCUGAAUGAGGUCUCCAAUGUUCUCUCUCUUCUGCUGGCUGUAGUCUAUCCCAUCCCCAAUGUUCACUGUGCACAA